AUGGUAUUCAAAUUCCACUACUGUGCGCCUCCAUGUGAGCUCACAGUAGCUCCCUCAGGCCUCGCCUUCUGCGAUAAAGUUGUAGGAACUGGCCCUGAGGCUGUCAAGGGACAGCUCAUUAAGGCACAUUAUACUGGGAAAUUGGAGAAUGGUACGGUUUUUGAUAGCAGCUACAAUCGUGGGAUGCCUCUUUCAUUUCGUAUCGGUGUUGGUGAGGUCAUCAAGGGCGGGGACCAAGGCAUUCUAGGAGGUGAUGGAGUCCCCCCAAUGCUUGCUGGUGGAAAACGCACACUAAAGCUUCCCCCAGAACUCGCAUACGGCAUGAGAGGGGCUGGGUGCAAAGGAGGUUCUUGUAUUAUUCCUCCAGAUUCGGUUCUUUUGUUUGAUGUAGAAUUCAUUGGCAAGGUAUGA